UGUUAAACAACACGCCAAUACGCCAUACAUCCAAACAUUAUCCUUCUCUUCUUCUACUUUCACCGAAACACACUUCUUCCAGUUCUUCACUUUGAACCACCGUUUCUCCCCCACUUCUCAAGUUUGAAGUUUCAGCUUAAAACAUUCCAACACUAUCAUCCUCUAAAUGUCUGGAAUUUUUCGAUGGCAAAAAUUAAAAGAAACAGCUAGAUACAUCCCAGUAUCAAUAACAAGAUCACCAUCUUCUUCACCGAACUACCGAUUCAAUUUGAUUUCAAACCGAUUCAGUUGUCUUCAUGUGAGUACUUACCGAUCUGUAUUACAAGAACGUUACAAAUGCGAUAAAACACCGUGUGAUGAUUUCUACAAAGGUACAAUUCGAGCUGAAUCUAAUUGUCCACGUUGUUCAGCUCAAAUUAAUCUGACUUUUUGUAAUCGCGGUGACCCAAUUGGUUAUCAAGCUCUUAAUUUAUGUCCUAAUUGCAAAACUGCUUAUUAUUUCCGACCUCAAAAACUUGUUCCUUUACAAGGGAAUUUCAUUGAAAUUGGUCAACUUAAAGGGGCAACUAAAUUUGGUGAAGGUGAUGGAGAGGAUUUGGAGAAGCAGUUCAGGGUUUCGUGUUUGGAGAAGAUGAGGGAGUUAGCGGGUGGGGAACCACCUGUGCCACCCGUGGAGGUGAAAACUCCCCCUGGACCGCCUUUUGAACCUGGGUUGAAUGUCGUACGGGGACCUGGAAAUGUUGCAGGAGGUAGUAAUGUUGGGACUGAGAAUGAUGGAUGGGGAGGUUCACAUUUGGGGAAGAAUUUACCAACUCCCAAAGAAAUUUGCAAAGGUCUUGAUCAGUUUGUUAUUGGACAACAGCGGGCGAAAAAGGUGCUUUCUGUUGCUGUAUAUAAUCAUUACAAAAGGAUAUAUCAUGCCUCAAUGAAGAAAGGAGGGUCAACAAAAGGAUCAGAGAAUCUUGAGGCUGUACAUGACGGGGAUGAUUCUGUGGAGCUAGACAAAAGCAAUGUACUCCUAAUGGGUCCUACUGGCUCGGGGAAAACCUUACUUGCGAAAUCACUAGCUCGCUUUGUGAAUGUGCCAUUUGUCAUUGCAGAUGCAACAACUUUGACGCAGGCAGGUUAUGUUGGGGAAGAUGUAGAGUCAAUUUUGUAUAAGCUACUUUCGGCUGCAGAUUUCGACGUAGAAGCAGCUCAGCAAGGGAUGGUCUACAUUGAUGAAGUUGAUAAGAUAACUAAGAAGGCUGAGAGCAUGAACAUAAGUAGAGAUGUAUCAGGAGAGGGUGUUCAGCAGGCAUUACUGAAAAUGUUGGAAGGAACUAUAGUGAAUGUCCCCGAGAAGGGAGCUCGUAAGCAUCCUCGUGGUGAUAGUAUUCAGAUAGACACAAAAGAUAUACUCUUUAUAUGUGGUGGAGCAUUUAUCGACUUGGAAAAAACCAUUUCCGAGAGACGGCAGGAUUCUUCUAUCGGUUUUGGGUCACCAGUUCGUGCCAACAUGAGAGCUGGUGGGCUAACUAAUUCUGUUUUGACAUCAUCAUUAUUGGAAACGGUUGAAAGUGGUGAUCUUAUUGCAUACGGUCUCAUACCUGAAUUUUGUGGACGCUUUCCAAUCCUGGUUAGUUUGUCUGCACUAAGUGAAGACGAACUCGUUCAGGUCCUCACGGAGCCCAAAAAUGCUCUUGGUAAACAGUACCGAAAAAUGUUCAGCAUGAACAAUGUCAAGCUACACUUUACGGAGAGCGCACUACGUUUGAUUGCAAAGAAAGCAAUGUCCAAGAACACUGGAGCAAGAGGCUUAAGAGGGAUACUGGAAAACAUUCUCACGGAAGCUAUGUACGAGAUUCCAGAUGUUAAGAUGGGGAGUGACAAAAUAGACGCAGUGGUGGUUGAUGAAGAGGCAAUCGGGUCAGUGAAUUCACACGGCUUAGGAGCAAAAAUCCUUCGCGGAGAGGGUUCAUUGGAGCGCUACCUUGCGGAAGUCGGGUUGAAAGAUCAAACGGAGAAAAAGGAUGUUGAUGAGCCGGAUUCUUUGGAGGGAGAAACAGAGGCCGCGCCGAGAGUCAUGAGUGUGUAACUUGACCACUAUCAUCCAACAUUAAGCAUCACCAUCACAGCUACACUGUAAAAUCUUUUUCACUUUGUACAUAAAUUAUCUUCUAAAAUGUAUGUAUAGUUCAACCCUUCUAAGGAGAUAAAUUCUUCUUUUUAAUAAGAAAACCUAGGAGAUUAAAAAAAAUGUAUAAUCAGCAGUAAUAAGAAGCUACAUUAGUACAAUGUAUCAUUCCUUGCUACUGUGAGAUUCAACCUUUGUGAAUAUCAAUAGAAAUUGCUUCUGUUCUGUUUC